AUGUCGAGAUUGAGUGCCCCCUCUCUUCCUGCAGCGGCGGCUAACCGUCGGCUUGUCAACCUCGCUAACGAGGAACCCUCCAUGGAAAUGGCCGAUGAUGACGUUACCUCAAAUGAGCGACCUAUGGAUACUCACAUCCACGCCAACAAUGAUCAAGCAACGUCUAAAAACAAGGACAAGAAGGGUACAACUGAGGAAAGCCCGGAAGAGGAAAACACCACGAAGAAAGUCGCCAAAGCUGUUUUGUUAGCAUCUAUUGACAUGCUCGAUAUACAGCUGGCGAAUAUUACGGCUAUUUCCGAGAUGGCCAGCAUCCAUGAUCAGAUCACACAGGACGAACGGUUACUCAGCACCGUACAGACAGGCAGGAUCACAUCGUCGUACAAAGGAUUUUUCGGAUUGGGUGAAAGUUAUCUGAGUUCCAAUUUCCCGAGGCCGAGUCCGCGUACUAAUCCCCCAGGACAGUGA